AUGACGAUUGAGAAUCCAUUGGAUCUUUGGGAUGCUUUAAAGCACAGAUAUGAUCACCAAAAGAUGGUGUUGCUUCCAAAGGCAAGGCACGACUGGAUGCAUCUCAGAUUCAUGGACUUUAAGUCCGUGGACGAGUAUAACUCAGCCUUGUUCAAAAUUGUCUCAAUACUAAGGCUGUGUGGUGAAGAAGUGUCUGAUGUUAUGAUGCUUGAAAAGACCUACACGACUUUCAAUCAGUCGAAUUCUGCAAAUAAUGAGCUUCUCAUGAAGAACAGUGGAGCUAGACCGGCCGGGACAGCACCAUUACCCGAAGCCCAUGAUGUUGAAAAGAAAGAUCCCAAAGAAACCUACUACACCCAAGACAACAGGAAACCAUACGGUCAUGGCCGUGGUGGGUACAGGGGGCGUAGGCGUGACAGCCAUAACGGUCGAGAUAACUACUCAACCGGCCGAAGAGGAAACCACAAUAACCGUGGUCGUGGUUCCAAUUACGGUCGGGGCCGAGGGAGUUAUGGCCGUGGACGAGGUGGCAUAUCCAAACCAUCUCACACGUCCAAGUCUUUAUGUCACAGAUGCGGGAUGGACAAUCACUGGGCCAAGAACUGCAGAACUCCAAAACACUUGUGCGAACUCUAUCAAGAGAUGGAGCCGAAGAGUAAGGUGAGGGAGGGGGAAGAGCUAUCAAGUUCUAGAUCUGGUCCAAGAAGCACUACUGUAGGGAACAAUAUGCUGGCGUUCAACAAAGCAAUCCUUAGUUGCUACAUCGUCUAA